AUGGAAAUAGUCAGCCGCGUCGCUCUCGGAGAAAAAGAAGUGCAAAUCUGGUUCCAAAAUCGAAGACAGAACUCUCGCCGGAAGUCGCGCCCAUUGCUAACGCAUGAGAUACUGCCUCAUCUGCGAUCAAAUUUCGCCACGCCCGACAUGGGUCCUACCCUUCAAUCCUCCUCUGUGUCCAUUGAAAACCAGCCGGACGACGAAGAAGCGGAGGAGUCCGUCGUACCUGAACACGAACAGCCGUUACUUGCACCUAUAGCAUCUGUGUCAGCAGUCAUCACAUCCGGUGUUGGGCCGUCACAGCCAGAGACAAGCGAAAUCACCGAUGCCACGUCCUUACCGGCUACGCAAGAUCCUCCUAACGCAGACUCUCAGACCACAGUCGAUACCUCGCAAGAGCAGCUAGCGGACUCACAAGCAUAUGAUACAGCACCAACAGAGCCUAGCAGCUCGCAAGUCAUGCCGUCCUCUCAGGGUCCUGUACAGCCAUUGCUUCCGAAGAUGGGCUAUCUUGCGAAUCGGCGCAGCGCUUCCUUCGUCGCGACCUGUGAUGACGAGCCUCUUUUACCUCCAGCCCCUGAAGCACCGUCUGGUGGUAAUGAGCAAUCAUUUUAUUCGUUCCAACGAAGCCAUUCAUAUCUCCGUCUAUCCACGACCUCGGAUGGCAAGGCUAGAAUCAUUGGUCUUGACGACCAGUCUCCCUCUCCACCGAGGUCACAGCCGAUCCCAUCUGUGUCGACCUUCGCGGAGCAGCGCGGUCCUCUUCGCCGCAACCACAGCGCAACUUCAUUGCAUGACAAGCUGAAGCAGACCCAAGGUCAAGGUACAGCAAAGAAGCUUGGACGGCUGUCGAGCGGCAGGUCCCGUGACUCGAGGACUUGGGAGUUCUGGUGCGACAGAGACGCGCAAAACUCGCUGGCUGGAAUUGCGGACCAGGAACGUAGUGGAUCGGCGGCAGAUGCAAUUGGCUUGAUUAGGUCGAACAGCAGCCGCGUACUCAGACCGAACCAGAACAAGCGGAACGCCCAGGUCCAAAUGCAGAACCCUUCGGCCAAGCGAUCAAAGGUCGACAGUGUGGGACAAGCGAAGGCCCAGCUUACGCGUGGAUCGUCCUCUGCAGGACGACUUCAGACGAAGGUAAUGGCUACCGAGAAAUCGCCUGUGAAAGGCAAAGCUAGCGAGGAAUUCGAGGUACCUGUCACAGAAUCUGACAAAGAAAACUGGGAACCAAGUGAGCCAGACCAAUCACCUCGGCGCCGCAGACUGCCUCAGAGUCAGCCUGACAGGGCUGGUGGACGCCGGGUGCUAGGAGAGAACACGCAGGUUCUAACACCUGAUGCCGAGAACGUCGACCCGGAAGAUGAUGAAGAAAUUGCUAUGUUCAUGGGCGGCAGCCGGGCGACCAGCGGCCGGACGAGUGUGUCGAGCGGAGAGGAUCUGGACUGCGUGCAGGGCCUGCUCAAGUUGAGUCAGGGGAAUUGGAGGUAA